CGAGUGGAGCAAGAUCAACAUCGCCGUGAGAAGCGGAUCGAGCGACUCGAAGCAGACCUGGCCAAGGUGGUGGAGCGGAUGCAGUCAUUGGCCAACCAACGUGCUGAGUUGGAGCAGUAUAUCGCGGCGGAGAGGAAGGCCAUGGAGGAGGCCAAAGCCGCCGCCGCCGAACGUCUUCGACAUGCGGACCGACCAGCUGCAGACCCUGACCUGGCAGGACUCCGCCGCCAGAUGGAAGAGUUCCAGCAUGUACUUGCUGGUGUACAAGCAGGAGAGCUUCGAGAGUCGCUCGAGGCCAAGUACCAGAACAUCCUGGAGAUGCUACCGCCCAAGCCUGUGCCUCAGCCUGCUGCGACUGCCUUCGUUUCCACAGAGAUGGUGGUGGAUGAGGCAGACCUGGAGGAGGCGUGCAUGGCUGCAGGCGUCGGCUCCGACGCCGUCAAGCGGGGUCUGCUGGAGGCGCUGCUGCAG